AUGGCUGAGGCGUAUGCGAAACAGCAACUCUUCGAUCUCAUGAAGAAAGACGAUUUGGGAAAUAAACACUGUGUCGAUUGCGGAGCUCCAAAUCCUCAAUGGGCCAGCGUCAGCUUUGGCGUCUUCAUAUGUCUAUCCUGCGCUGGCGUGCAUCGUGGGCUUGGUGUUCAUAUCAGCUUUGUGCGGAGCUGCACCAUGGACAAAUGGGAUGGAACUGGCUUAAAGAAGAUGGAGAUGGGUGGCAACAAGCCCUUCAUGGACUUCUUGAAAGAUUACACUCCUACCGAUCAAGGAGUAUACAUUGAGGGCAUGGUCAUCCAAGAAAAGUACACAUGCUGGGCGGCUUCGCAAUAUCGCGAGAAGCUGACCGCGAUCGUCGAGGGGCGUCCUUGGGCGCCGUCUGCGCCCCCACCACGCACGAUCCAUUCUGAACCCCCUUCCCGCCACGACUCGGCCCAGGGUCUGCGCAAGUCCCGAGCAGCCGCGCGUGGGGCUGCGGGCUUCUCUUCCAUCUCGCGACAAGCCUCGAGCUCCCCUGGAACGCCGCCCGUCGACCAGAAGGACGCAAAGGAGUCGUAUUUUGCUUCACUGGGCCAAGCAAAUGCCUCGCGGCCUGAACAUCUUCCCCCUUCUCAGGGUGGUCGGUACACUGGCUUUGGCUCCACUCCUGAGCCACAGGCGGUGUCAAGUUCACAAAAUCCCUCAUUUGGUCUGUCGUCAAAGGCAGCUCCAUCCAUUUCCGACUUCCAGCAAGAUCCAAUGAAGGCAUUGGGCAAGGGCUGGAGCCUCUUCUCUUCAGCCGUCGCGGGUGCCUCGAAAGCCGUUAGUGACAGUAUCGACCCGAACUUGAAAGCGAACAUUUCUGCAUACGCUAACGAAGCAGGUCGUCAAGCAAUGGACUUCGGUUCCAUGGCAAGCAAGAAUCUGCAAGUUGUUGGGAAGCAGGCAAACGAUUGGGGCCGGCAACAAACCGGUGUGGACGUGGGCGGUCAUCUCACCGGCCUCGUUGACACAGUCACGAGCACAGUGGGCGGUAAUCGACCAACCGGAGGCCGUGGCGGAUACGGCGCUGUCGGUGAGCAAGGCUGGGGCGAGGAGUAUCAUGAGGGCUCGGCAUUGUACCAUGACGAUCCUGAUGACCACUUCUUUGAUAUCGAACACCAUCGUGAUGCGCCACCACCUGCGACGACUUCGGCUGCGCCUGCCAAGGGUCCAGUGCCAUUAGCUCCGCAGAAAACCGACAACUGGGAUGAGGACGAUUGGAAGGAAUUCUAGAUGUUUCAUACCCGGGAAUGACGUGCAAUAGUCCUAUC